GCCAAACUGUUAGUGAGAAUCAGACCAUGAAGGACGAAGGCAGACAAACAGAGCACCUAGUUUUACACAUGUAGAUGACACGUUAUUCACAGCAAGGGAGGGGAUCGCAGAUCAAACUGGCAUCCGGUGAUCCAACAGAUGAAAUGGCGAUGAGGCACAGGAUCUUCAACUCGACAGCACCGUUCUCUGGCUCGCCCCAGGCUGAGCUGAAGAGGCCGUACCCGUCAUGCACGGCCACUGACCAGGAGACGGAGGAGGAGGAGGAGGAGGAAGACGAGGGGAAGGGCAUCAAAAUGGGCUAUGCACAUUAUAGCCCUUUACUCAAUAAACUCCUGACACAGGGAACUGCAGAGCAAAUUGGGGAAAUGCCACUGAAGACCUCAACCUUCAUUGCCCAGGCUGAAUGUGAAACCCAGGACUCCCAGGAAUUUAGUCCAUCUUGUUUUGAACGCUCCUUUGUUCCCUCGCCUAACUGCUUCACCAGCAGUCUUCCCUCAGAGCACAACAAUGUGGCGUGCCCAACGACAGCCUCCGUCCAGGAGCCGGGCGCCGCAUCAGCGCAGUUCAAACCCAGGAAAAAGAACAGGAAAAGACAGAAACGCAAAGGGAAGAAAAAGCCAGAGAAGAAGGAGAAGCAGCCACACAGACAUCGAAUGCCCUCUGGAGUCCCUGAACAGGAGAGUGGAAGUUCUCUGGUCCAGAUCCUGGAGGAGUCAUCAUCACUGGAAGGUGACAGCAACCUCAGUGCCUCUUGCUCCAGCAGUGUUGAAAACUCAGAGGAGCAGGACAGAGGGCCUCCUCUCUACAGCCGACAGGUUUACAACACAGGCUCCAGCUGCUCUCCUCUGAACUGGAGGGACCAGGUGUGUGGCCCCCUCUCUGGUCUCGGUUCCUUCGGGCAGGACAGCGACUCUGACUCCCUCAGCAGUUUGGGGGACUGCUCACUGGCCCUCGCUGGCCUCAGGGGCAGUGUGAGUCAGGGGGACCCAUGCUACGCGUGGCCCUUUUUCAAAACGGUGGAGAGGGAUGCGAGAGAAGAUGAGUACGAGCUUUCAGCAGCUGAUUCUGUCAGCAACGAGGGGCUAAUCUUUUACAACGAAAAAAUCCAGCCUGUGGACUCAGAGUACAGAGAAGGGAGGGAGUUUGUGCUUUCACAUUUUAUCAAGGAAGGAUCAUGUGGUGAAGUGCUCAGUGCUCAAGACGUCAAAACAGGCUUCAGAUUUGCUGUUAAAAAGAUCGACUGGAAGAGGUUCAACAGUGAGGAGGUGGGUGCGUGGAGUGCCCUCAGAUCUCCUCAUGUGGUGGAGCUCUUCGGAGUGGUCAGAGAGGGGCCAAAUGUUUUCCUCUUCAUGGACCAUAAAUCUGGUUCUGUGGGUCAGCUGAUCGUGGAGCGAGGCCGGCUGCCAGAGGAUUUAAGUCUCCACUAUCACUCGCAAGUCUUAACAGCGCUGGAGUACUUGGUGAAGAAAAAAGUCGUGCACUUAGAUAUUAAAGCUGACAACGUGUUGCUGUCGGAGGACGGUAGACACACCUUCCUGUGCGACUUUGGACACGCAGAGCGACUGGACAAUCAGAGACAGAGCCUCAGCGUGUCCAACGAUCUAAAGGGCACGGAGACCCACAUGUCCCCUGAGAUCGUGAAAGGGGAACCCCGCGGAGCCAAAGCAGAUGUGUGGAGCAGCUGCUGCAUGUUACUGCACAUGCUCAACGGGUGUCAACCUUGGACAAGAUACUACACCUGUAGACUUUACCUGAAGAUCGCUAACGAGCCCCCGCCUCUGAGAGAGACCCCCCCUGACUGUAGCCCGAGCACAGCGGAAGCCCUGAAGGCAGGACUGCAGAAGGACCCAACCAAGAGAGCGUCAGCGUCAGCCCUCAGAAAAAUAACUGACAGAGCUCUGAGAGAAGUUGGAGGCCUCACCAGUCCGGUAAAGGGACCGUACACGGAGCCGCUGUACGUCACCAGCAACCCCUCCGACUCCCUGCAACUCAUCAAUAGCAGCGUCGACUGUGAUGACGACAAGGAGGAACAUCAAAAGAACACAAUCACAGCGGGGAGGAAGACAAAGGAGCUAGAUUAUGCAGAAGAAGAGGACGAGUCAAAGCCAAACUCGCUGUUCUGUCCACAGACACUGAUCUACGAGCCAAACCACAAGCGGAGCAACAAAAUAACCACCGUGUCGGAACUCGAGCUGCGUAAACUGGAGCGAGAUUUCUACCUGAGCAGUCUGUCCCAGCCUCAGUCUGCGGAGAUGCAGGUGCAGCUCUUGUCUUGUCUCAGCAGUGAAGCGUAUUCAAACUGGGAGCCGUGGGACAAAAAGGACUCUGGCCGCUGGUCCCUGAGCCCAGGAGACGACUUCAGCUCUGGCGUCUUCUCUUACAACAGCCAGCCAGAUGUGCAGGUCUUCAGUAUGGAUUUGCUGGGUCACACACAGCUACCACCACCCUGCUGUUUUGAAGGGGUGGAUGUCUGCAUCAGAGACUUCAGCAGAAGAAGCAUCCGGAUCAGAGAGACACGCCGAGUGAAAGUGGGCCACAUCGCCACUGGAAUUAGCGAUCAGAUCUCAGAGAGAGUGUUCACUCUGGAGACGGAAGAGGGACAGCAGAUUGCUCAUGACGAGGAGGUGCAGGAAUCUGGUCUGGAACUCUGCUGUGUUCCUGCGCCUGACUUCAGCCCCGUCUGGAGGUGGCGGAUCAGAGACGGAGUGCUGGAGACAAGAUAGAGCCUACAUCUCUCUCUACCCUUCCAUUGGCAGCAGCUGUUACUUUCACUGUUGAUAAUAUCACCUUGUGCUGAAUUUUUACAUGUGCCUUUUGUUUGUCUUGUGUUGUGAGGACCAAUGCGUUUGUGCGAGGUGAAAAAGACCUGAACUGCAGGUUUAGUAGAAAUGACCUCAUAUGAUAAUGACCAUGUUGUUAUGUAGCCUUUGUUUGUUUUUUUACUUACAGUAUCUACGACUGAAAUUGCUGAGCAUUCUGUGGUGUCUUUGUUGCAUAUAAUGCAAGUCAAUAAACUCUACAGACCUAUA